UUUAAUACAGAGUAUGAAAUAAAAAAUAAUUUAAAAACUAAUACAGACCUAAAUGCUGUUGAAAUAUCUUAUGUUUGUGAUUAUUGUUGUAAAGAAUUUCGAAGGAAAUGUGAUUUACAAACACACACUCUUGUACAUACGGGUGAAAGACCAUAUUUUUGCAAUAUUUGCAAGAAAGGAUUCAUAACUAGUAGCAAGUUAAAAUCACAUAUAAGAAUUCAUACAGGUAUUAGUCCGUAUGUUUGUGACUUUUGUGGUAAAAUGUGUAUUGCAAAUAGUGAUUUGAAAGCCCAUGUUAGAAUUCAUACAGGAGAGAAACCAUAUCUGUGUAAAACAUGUGGUAAAGGAUUUAGGAGGAGCUGUGAUUUACAAACACAUGAUAGGGUUCAUACAGGAGAAAAACCUUAUGUUUGUGAAUUAUGUCAUAAAUCAUUUAUAAAUAGCAGUAAAUUGAAAGCACAUGCAAGACUACACACUGGUGAAACGCCAUAUAUAUGUGAUGUUUGUGGAAAGGUGUGUACUACAGGAAGUGAUCUUAAAAUACAUCAUAGGAUACAUACUGGUGAGAAACCAUUUAUAUGUGAUUCUUGUGGGAAAGCAUUUAGAAGAAGCUGUGAUCUAUAUACUCAUCAAAGAAUUCAUACUGGAAAUAGACCUCAUGUAUGCACAUCUUGUGGAAAAGGAUUUAUAAAUAAUAGUAAAUUGUUGAUACAUCAGAGAACACACACUGGAGAAACUCCUUUUGUUUGUGAUUUAUGUGGUAAAAAGUGCACAUCAAAUCAUGAUUUGAAAACCCAUCAGAAAAUGCAUACAGGAGAAAAACCAUUUGUAUGUGAUAUAUGUCACAAAGGAUUUAUUAAUAGUAGUAAGCUACAGUCUCAUCAAAGAACUCAUACUGGAGAAAGACCUUAUAUCUGUGAUUCAUGUGGGAAAAGCUUUAUUCAUAUCAGUAAUCUGAAGAUACAUAAAAGGAUUCACACUGGAGAAAGACCAUACAUAUGCAACACUUGUGGUAAAGGUUUCAUUGAUAGUGGAAAAUUACAGAUACAUUUAAGAAUUCAUACAGGUGAACGACCAUUUAUAUGUGAUUUUUGUGGGAAAAGUUGUAUAUCACAAAAUGAUUUAAAGAAUCAUCAAAAAAUUCACAGCAGUAUUAGACCAUUUACUUGUGAUUUAUGCAGUAAAGGAUUUAUAAGUAAUGUUAAAUUGCAAAUUCAUAAAAGAGUACACACUGGAGAGAAGCCAUAUAUCUGUAGUUAUUGUAAGAAAGGAUUUGUAAGCAGCAGUAGUUUAAAAACACAUCAGAAAAUUCAUACUGGUGAAAAACCAUUUCUUUGUGACUUAUGUGAAAAAGCAUUUACACAGCAUGUUCAUCUUCAAAAUCAUGUUAAAAAACAUCAUAAAGAAACUAUUAUGACUGAACAUGAUAAUGAAGAUAUGAGACUACACAAAGAUGAAUUUUAUAAGGAGAUUAAUUGUAAUAUAUGAACUAAAAUAA